GGGAAAAUCGCCUUCUGUUAUCGGUACUCUUCCAGUAUGGACCUUCACCACAUGGGCAGUGAUUCCCAACUGCUGGUGAUGUAAAAAAUGAGUGGACAUGUAACUAUCUGGACUUGAGCGUGAUGGCAUCAGCCGAAGUCCCGGGUGUCUUGAGAGCUCGUGGGGGUCUCAUGAGCGGUCCAAAUCAGAUGAAAACCCGGGCAUCGCUCCCCAAACCUUGUGUGGCCAUCGCUCUUCUAGUAGGUCAUGCAAGAGUUCAUGACCACAGGACCUUUGGGUGUGAAAGGGAGCAGGGAUUCUUGAUUUAUGUUCACGGGUAUCAAGGUCAUGUGUUCUCCAAGGAUGUAAAUGCGAACAGGUGCAUCUGAUGAUCGUUGUCCAACCUCUGUAGGGAGCGUCACUGCUCAACGUUCGCCUUUGGGAUUGUGGUUCCGGAUUUCAGAUGGUUACACUUCUAUGUUUGUAGAGAGGAUUUAACAUCAUGUUUCAAACUUCUCAGCAAAUCCAUGCACUUUCGUCAUCGAAGUUAUCCAUUAUACGAACCGUUUCAUCAACCAAUCGUUAGUCUGUUCUCUUAAACCGUUCCAACAAGCAUGGACAUUUGCCAGGAAGGUAGACGACCGCACACAACCUCCAGCCUCGGUUGAGAUCUUGUAAUACAGUUGAGUUUACAAGGUCCGUUGAAGUGGGUGAAUGCGCAGCUGGCUUUGGGUUAGUUAUUAUCCGCGUUGUGCUUCCCCUCUUCAUCAUCCUGUUCUUCACAUCUUUACCUGGAACCCACAGUUGCGAUUUUUCGCCAUCGGGGAUAUGAUGCCCUGAAAUAUUAUUUUAGUCUGUUUUUGGCAAUCUUUCGGUCUUCGAAACUAUACACGAUCCAACCACUUUGGCGAAUCUUUUGUUGUUAAGCCUGCUUCUUCAAAGCCCUUUGAGGCAACAUAUCUGAAAAGGAGAGAGAAAGUGGGUAGAAAGGUAGCUGUGUUAGCAUUUCCGGUGAUACAUUUCGAGGUGAUGGGUAUCUUCAGACAGAAGCAGGCCUUGCCAAGGUCGGAGACAGCCAUGCUGGCUGCCGCAGAUCUAGGUCCAAUUCACCUUAACCUGGAUAAUUACCGGCUCACUUUUGAAGAUUGUUCGUGGACUCCAGAGUACGAUGCCCCAGAAAUGCCAGAGGGCGUUGGUUCCGUAGAAGAAGAGAUUUGCAAGCUUCGAAGAGAGAAGCGAAGGAUGAAGAAGGAUCUCGACAAAUUCAUGGCGCAAGCGAAGGAGAUGAAGGAUUUGAAGGAGAAGUGGAACUUGCUAGAUUUCAAAUACCAACUUCUGCUCGACAUGUGGACCAUGAGGGCAUUGGAUGAGAAGGAGGAGUGUGAAGGAAGCUAUAGAAGAAGACCCCACUCCACAGGCGGCAUGUCACUCAGCCGAGAAGGCUCCCCGAAACGAUGUUCCCCAAAACGGAGCUCCCCGAAACGCAGCGGGCGGUAUGAGAUCACUCCUCCUUCGAGGAGGAACCGCCAUCCCUGUUGCAACGACGAUCCCUCGCCUUCCAAACGAAGCGAGCGAUGCCAUUAAGCAAAGCAAGUUUUGCCGCGGGAAUGCAGCCAGUCUUGUGGCUGCUAGAGAGUCGGUUCUGUAUGUGUGUCGGUGCCGGCGUCUCGUCUGCCUCCAGACAUGAUCAUCUGGUAACAAACAGGAGAGUGUCGCGUUGACACUAACCAUCAACUCUGUUUUUAUUUUUUGUAAUUUUAAUGUUUGGGAGUCUUUGUAUGAUCGAGAUGACAGAUUAGAAUGAAAUCUCUAAAACAUAUAUUUGGAUCUGUGAUGUCCAUUGAUUGAUUGAUUGAUAUAUAUAUAUAUAUAUGUAUAUGUAUAUAUAUAUAUACACACAUAUGUACAUGAAAGGAUAUAGCCAAGUAUAUUAGUUGAAGGCAAAAUAAUAAUAAUGAUUGGAACACAGGUAUGCAGAUAUAUGUAUUUUUCUAAAAUUAAGGUUUUGGACUUUUCUUUUUA